UGUGUCACCAAGACUAUAAUCUCAGCUGAGAAACACACAGGAAGAACACUUCACAGAGACAUCAUGUUCAGGUAAGAACCUCUUUCUGUACUUUCAGGGGAAAACCAUUGCCAUAUAGUACAUGAGAAUGGCGCCGGAGGAGAUGGCUGCCGUUUUACGGGCUCCUAACCAACUGUGCUAUUGUGUGUUUUUUCACAUUAUUUGUAACUUAUUUUGUACAUAAUGUUUCUGCAACCGUCUCUUAUGACCAAAAAGAGGUUCUGGAUAUCAGGACAGCGAUAACUGACCUUGUACUGGACAAAGAUUUUUUAUUUAACAAGUCGGCCACAAAGGAUUUACUUCAGACACCCGACAAGGCCCAAAUCCCCGUCAUUCGCAGGAGAAAGAGACGGAGAUAUCGGCGACGUAGGUCGGGGUGCCUUGUAAGGAUCCGACAGCUAGUGUGUAAUCUGCCUCUACCAUCAGUCCUAUUAGCCAAUGUACAAUCAUUGGAUAACAAAAUAGACGAGCUACGAUCACAAAUAUAGGUUAUCCUACCAACGGGACAUUAAAAACUGUAAUAUCUUAUGUUUCACCGAGUCGUGGCUGAACGACGACAUGGAUAACAUACAACUGGCGGCGUUUACGCUGCAUCGGCAAGAUAGAACAGUGGCCUCCGGUAAGACAAGGGGUGGCGGUCUGUGUAUAUUUGUAAACAACAGCUGGUGCACAAAAUCGGAUAUUAAGGAAGUCUCAAGGUUUUGCUCGCAUGAGGUAGAGUAUCUCAUGAUAAGCUGUAGACCACACUAUUUACCAAGAGCUGCCGCUUUCAAGGAGCGGGACUCUAACCUGGACGCUUAUAAGAAAUCCCGCUAUGCCCUCAGACGAACCGACAAACAGGCAAAGUGUCAAUACAGGACUAAGAUUGAAUCGUACUACACCGGCUCCGACGCUCGUCGGAUGUGGCAGGGCUUGCAAACUAUAACAGACUACAAAAGGAAAGCUCAGCCACGAGCUGCCCAGUGACACAAGCCUACCAGACGAGCUAAAUUACUUCUAUGCUCGGUUUGAGGCAAGCAACACUGAAGCAUUCAUGAGAGAUUCAGCUGUUCCGGACGACUGUGUGAUCACGCUCUCCGUAGCCGAUGUAAGUAAGACCUUUAAACAGGUCAACAUUCACAAGGCCAGACAGAUUACCAGGACGUGUACUCCGAGCAUGCGCUGACCAACUGGCAAGUGUCUUCACUGACAUUUUCAACCUGUCCCUGACUGAGUCUGUAAUACCAACAUGUUUCAAGCAGACCACCAUAGUCCCUGUGACCAAGAACACUACGGUAACCUGCCUAAAUGACUACAGACCCGUAGCACUCACGUCUGUAGCCAUGAAGUGCUUUGAAAGGCUGGUCAUGGCUCACAUCAACACCAUUAUCUCAGAAACCCUAGACCCACUCCAAUUUGCAUACCGCCCCAAACGAUCCACAGAUGAUGCAAUCUCUAUUGCACUCCACACCGCCCUUUCCCACCUGGACAAAAGGAACACCUACGUGAGAAUGCUAUUCACUGACUACAGCUCAGCGUUAAACACCAUAGUGCCCUCAAAGCUCAUCACUAAGGACCCUGGGACUAAACACCUCCCUCUGCAACUGGAUCCUGGACUUCCUGACGGGCCGCCCCCAGGUGGUAAGGGUAGGAAACAACACAUCUGCCACGCUGAUCCUCAACACGGGGGGCCCUCAGGGGUGCGUGCUCAGUCCCCUCCUGUUCUCCCUGGUCACCCAAGACUGCAUGGCCAGGCACGACUCCAACACCAUCAUUACGUUUUCUGAUGACACAACAGUGGUAGGCCUGAUCACCGACAACAAUGAGACAGCAUAUAGGGAGGUCAGAGACCUGGCCGUGUGGUGCCAGGAUAACACCCUCUCCCUCAACGUGAUCAAGACAAAGGAGAUGAUUAUGGACUACAGGAAAAGGAGGACCGAGCACGCCUCCAUUCUCAUCGAUGGGGCUGUAGUGGAGCAGGUUGAGAGCUUCAAGUUCCUUGGUGUCCACAUUUCCAACAAACUAUCAUGGUCCAAACACACCAAGACAGUCGUGAAGAAGGCACGACAAAGCCUAUUCCCCCUCAGGAGACUGAAAAGAUUUGGCAUGGGUCCCCAGAUCCUCAAAAAGUUAUACAGCUGCACCAUCAAGAGCAUCCUGACUGGUUGCAUCACUGCCUGGUAUGGCAACUGCUCGGCCUCCGACCGCAAGGCACUACAGAGGGUGGUACGUACGGCCCAGUACAUCACUGGAGCCAAGCUUCCUGCCAUCCAGGACCUCUAUACUAGGAAGGCCCUAAAAAUUGUCAAAGACUCCAGCUACCCUAGUCAUAGACUGUUCUCUCUGCUUCCGCACGGCAAGUGGUACCGGAGCGCCAAGUCUAGGUCCAAAAGGCUUCUUAACAGCUUCUACCCCCAAGCCAUAAGACUCCUGAACAGCUAAUCAUGGCUACCCAGACUAUUUGCAUUGUCCCCCACCCCCUCUUUUACGCUGCUGCUACUCUCUGUUUAUUAUCUAUGCAUAGUCACAUGUACAUAUUACCUCAAUUACCUCGACUAACCUGUGCCCCCGCACAUUGACUCUGUACCGGUACCCCUUGUAUAUAGCCUCGCUACUGUAAUUUUACUGCUGCUCUUUAAUUAUUUGUUAUUUUAUUUUUAUUUUUUACUUAACAUGUAUUUUUCUUAAAACUGCAUUGUUGGUUAAGGGCUUGUAAGUAAGAAUUUCACUGUAAGGUCUACAGCUGUUGUAUUCAGCACAUGUGACAAAUACAAUUUGAUUUGAUUUGAUACACGUUACAUCAGAACACAGUGAAUCAGGUGUCAGUUAAUCAGUUUAAUAAUCAUCAUCAAUAGUCAGUUGAUGAUCAUGUCUCUCUUCCUCUCAGAAUUUCUGCGUUGAUCUGCAUCUCUCUACUGGUUUAUGGCAACUCAGCCAAGCCAUACAAGUCCUGGGUAUGUACCGUAGACUGCAUAAAUAUAACACCACUUUAAUGUACACUACCGUUCAAAAGUUUGGGGUCACAUUUCCUUGUUUUCCAUGAAAACAUCAAUUAAAUGAGUUUGAAUAGGAAAUACAGCAAAAUGCAUAGGAAAUGUAGUCAUUGACAAGGUUAGAAAUAAUGAUUUUUAAUAGAAAUAAUAAUUGUGUCCUUCAAACUUUGCUUUCGUCAAAGAAUCAUCCAUUUGCAGCAAUUACAGCCUUGCAGACCUUUGGCAUUCUAGUUGUCAAUUUGUUGAGGUAAUCUGAAGAUAUUUCACCCCAUGCUUCCUGAAGCACCUCCCACAAGUUGGAUUGGCUUGAUGGGCACUUCUUACGUACCAUACGGUCAAGCUGGUCCCACAACAGCUCAAUAGGGUUGAGAUCCGGUGACUGUGCUGGCCGCUCCAUUAUAGACAGAAUACCAUCUGACUGUUUCUUCCCUAAAUAGUUAUUGCAUAGUUUGGAGCUGUGCUUUGGGUCAUUGUCCUGUUGUAGGAGGAAAUUGGCUCCAAUCAAGCGCCGUCCACAGGGUAUGGCAUGGCGUUGCAAAAUGGAGUGAUAGCCUUCCUUCUUCAAGAUCCAUUUUACCCUGUACAAAUCUCCCACUUUACCACGACCAAAGCACCCCCAGACCAUCACAUUGCCUCCACCAUGCUUGACAUAGGUCAUCAAGCACUCCUCCAACAUCUUUUCAUUUGGUCUGCAUCUCACAAAUGUUGUUCUUUGUGAUCCCAACACCUCAAACUUCGAUUCGUCUGUCCAUAACACUUUUUUCCAAUCUUCCAGUGUCUGUGUUCUUUUGCCCAUCUUAAUCUUUUCUAAUCUUUUUCUUUGCAACUCUGCCUAGAAGGUCAGCAUCCCAGAGUCACCUCUUCACUGUUGAUGUUGAGACUGGUGUUUUGCGGGUACUAUUUAAUGAAGCUGCCAGUUGAGGACCUGUGAGGCGUCUGUUUCUCAAACUAGAUACUCUAAUAUAUUUGUCCUCUUGCUCAGUUGUGCACCGGGGCCUCCGACUCCUCUUUCUAUUCUGGUUAGUGCCAGUUUGCGCUGUUCUGUGAAGGGAGUAGUACACAGCGUUGUACGAGAUGUUCAGUUUCUCGGCGAUUUCUCGCAUGGAAUAGCCUCCAUUUCUCAGAACAAGAAUAGACUGACGAGUUUCAGAAGAAAGUUCUUUGUUUCUGGCCAUUUUGAUCUUGUAAUCGAACCCACAAUUGCUAAUGCUCCAGAUACUCAACUAGUCUCAAGGCGGCCAGUUUUAUUGCUUCUUUAAUCAGCACAACAGUUUUCAGCUAUGCUAACAUAAUUGCAAAAGGGUUUUCUAAUUAUCAAUUAGCCUUUUGAAAUGAUAAACUUGGAUUAGCAAACACAACGUGCCAUUGGAACACAGGACUGAUGGUUGCUGAUAAUGGGCCUCUGUACGCCUAUGUAGAUAUUCCAUUAAAAAUCAGCCAUUUCCAGCUACAAUACCCAUUUCCAACAUUAACAAUGUCUACACUGUUUCUGAUCAAUUUGAUGUUAUUUUAAUGGACCAUUUUUUAAAUUUUCUUUCGAAAACAAGGACAUUUCUGAGUGACCACAAACUUUUCAACAGCAGUGUAUGUACUCGCCUCUCUUCAGUGUCCUAGGUACUAUUAUUCUCCUAUGCACCAGUCUUCUGUUCUCUCUCCUGCAGGGUAAAGUGGCUGAGUCUGCAGUCCAGGAGACUCUGAUGUGAGUCCUCUCUGUUCUGUUAUCGUUCGGUUCAUAUAUAAUAAACGAUGCAGACCUGUGCAUCAGCCUAAAGCCGGGAUGCAAUCCAAUCGCACUGUCGACAUUGCACCGUUUACCUUGAAUGCGAUUUCCACAAACACGGUAACAUUGUCCACAGCGUUAUACAGAUUGAAUCCCGGCCUGCGUUUCCCUCCCUCCACCCAGUAAUAAUGCUUCACUGUUCACUCCCUCUCUAGGUCUGAGGAGGAGAAGGGGAUGUUUGAUCUGGGGCUGAAGCAGGUGGAGGCUCCUGAAAACAUGGACAUUACUGACAAUGACAUCAACCCUGUCAUGCCCAUCUGGAAGAACAUGAGAGGGGACAGGGGAGGUGGGAAGAGACAGAAGGUAGAAAAAGAGGUAGAAAUUGAGGUAGUCAAAGGCAGAUACUCCACAACCGAGGAGGACAUGGACCAUCUGUACCACCCAUCCAUGGAGCAGCCCCAGGAGGCUGACCUAGCUAGAGCCCGACCUCAGACAGAGGACACCUUCGUUGGGGUGGCCAUCCAGACAGAGCCCAUAGAGGAGGAUAACACCAAGUACUACCAGGAGGCUGGGAUAGAUCUAGAUAACAUCUCUCAUCUCUUCUCAGGCCUGGUGGAUCCACGGCACCCUGAACAGGACUGGGACGAGCUCUACCAUCCAGAGAUGAAGGGGGGAGACGGGCCUCAAGUGGACGUGCCUCACCAGGGGGAACUCUCUGCUGUAGGGGCAGAGGUCAGGGGUCAUAGUAAGCCAGAGGAGGACAGGGAUGACCUCUACCAUGGUGACCUGCCUGUACCUGUUCAGGUGAUUGGGAGGGGCCAGGACAUGCAGCAGUCUGCCGAUUGGCCCUCUCAGAGGAUGUACAGCCAACCAGAGGAGGACCUGGAUGACCUCUAUCAUCAUUAAUUAAACACCUAAGACCCAUAAUAUCUGCCCCCUAACUCUGACUGUCAGCUUCAGCUCUACUGCAUCCAAUCAAAUACAGUUAAAAGCUUGUACAUACAGUAAUGGGUUAAAUGCACUUGGGAGUGACUAUAGAAGUAUAUUAUCUAACACUGUAUGGCUCUAACAGUUUAUUAUAUGUUUAAUAACCAGUACUGUAUAAGUCGAUCUUCUAUGACAUUAAAGACACCUGUAACCUCUA